ACACACAGCAGACAAGGAAUCCCCUGACUGGCAUAACCGGUAGCCGGUCAUCUUUUGAGCACCUCAUCCGUUAAACCUCUAUAAAUACAACGCCAAUCUCCCCAACUUCUUCGUCGCUCGUCGGUGAUCUAAUUCGACUAAUAGCUAAGAGAGAUUUUUCAGAUCUGUCGCCAAUACUUCCUCUCUCAAUCCGUCGCCAAAUCUCUCUCAGCUUUACAGAAUGGCAUUAGAGACCUUCCUAUUUACCUCCGAGUCUGUUAACGAGGGUCACCCAGACAAGCUCUGUGAUCAGAUCUCUGACGCGGUGCUGGAUGCCUGCCUAGCUCAAGAUCCCGACAGCAAGGUUGCAUGUGAGACAUGCACCAAGACCAACAUGGUCAUGGUUUUUGGGGAGAUUACUACCAAGGCUGAUGUGGACUACGAGAAGAUUGUUCGCGAGACAUGCCGUAACAUUGGAUUUGUUUCUGCUGAUGUUGGUCUUGAUGCUGACAACUGCAAGGUUCUUGUUAACAUUGAGCAACAGAGCCCUGAUAUUGCCCAGGGUGUCCAUGGUCAUCUUACUAAGCGCCCGGAGGAUAUUGGCGCAGGUGACCAGGGCCAUAUGUUUGGCUAUGCCACUGACGAGACCCCUGAGCUUAUGCCUCUGAGCCAUGUUCUUGCAACCAAACUUGGCGCUCGCCUUACUGAUGUCCGCAAGAAUGGUACAUGCGCGUGGUUGAGACCUGAUGGCAAGACCCAGGUCACUGUUGAGUACCUAAAUGAGAAUGGUGCCAUGGUUCCAACCCGUGUUCACACUGUCCUCAUUUCCACCCAGCACGACGAGACUGUUACCAACGAUGAGAUUGCUGCUGACCUCAAAGAGCAUGUAAUCAAGCCCGUCAUCCCAGAGAAGUAUCUUGAUGAGAAGACCAUCUUUCACCUCAACCCUUCAGGCCGCUUUGUAAUUGGAGGCCCCCAUGGUGAUGCUGGUCUAACAGGUCGCAAGAUCAUUAUCGACACUUAUGGUGGCUGGGGAGCUCACGGUGGUGGUGCUUUCUCCGGAAAGGACCCCACAAAGGUGGACAGAAGUGGUGCAUAUAUUGUCAGGCAAGCUGCCAAGAGCAUUGUAGCCAAUGGACUUGCUCGUAGGUGCAUUGUGCAGGUAUCUUAUGCUAUUGGUGUUCCAGAGCCUCUGUCAGUCUUCGUCGACACCUAUGGAACUGGAAAAAUCCCCGACAGGGAAAUCCUAAAGAUCGUAAAGGAAACCUUCGACUUCAGGCCCGGAAUGAUCUCCAUCAAUCUUGAUCUGAAAAGAGGAGGCAAUGGUAGGUUCUUGAAGACCGCGGCCUAUGGGCAUUUCGGAAGGGAUGACCCAGACUUCACCUGGGAGGUUGUCAAGCCCCUCAAGUGGGAUAAGCCUCAGGCUUAAAUUUGUUUUAUGUUUUGCAUCUUGCUCCUGCAUUGCAGUGGUUUUUUAUUGUAACAAUGAAUAACUUGUAUUUCUCCUUUUGAACGUUUGUUCUAUUAUCAUCAUAUAUCCAACAAAAUACCCCAAAGUUUGUUUUGCUUCA